GCCGCAGCAGCAGAAACCCCAAGGAUGGAGUUUAAGUACGCCAGCUGGAUAGCGCUCAGCGUCGCUGUGUCGAUCAAUCUGGUUGGAGUGUUCUGGGUCACGACGAUGGUUAUCGGUUUGGUGCUGUUCUUGCUCGGGUUUCUGACCAUAUUGUACUUACAACAUAGCGAUCUGGACAAAUUUCUCGACAGUGGGCUGCUCGAGAACCCUUUGGAUGAGCCGAAAUCGUUGGGAUUAAGCAUCGUUUGUGACCCUAAGCCCGGUAAUUUGCUGCUCAUUUCGCCCAACAUCAAAGUGCAAACCGAAUCGAACCGUAAUGCGAAAGCGCACCACCACCAACACCCGUCCGGUGAUUCGUCCGCGACCGGUGGCCACGGUACCCGCCGGCGCAACUUUCUCGAUGCCGGAAUCGAGCUGCUGUUCAAGAAGCGCGAACCGCGUGCCAGCGGUGCUGAAUCGCCGGUCAAGCCAAACGCAAUCACGGACCACCUUAUGCACCGUGGCCACCAUUUGCACUUCCACCAACGGGACCAUCAUACCAUUUUAGAUAACAGUCCGGAAGGUGUUGGGCCGACCCAUCAUUCGACGCUGCCGGCCACCAGUCGGCCAUCGCCAUCGCCCGGGGAGGAACGUAGCCGCUGGAGACCGUUCGAGAGCAUCAAAAUACAUACGGACAAGCGGGCGACAGGAGUGAAUCAGGACGGGGACAAGCAUCGCAGUCGAAAAGAUGUAGGAAAUGUUUCCAUCGGCGAAGAAGUUUCGGUAGCAUCCACACCACUGUCCUCGUUUAAGUCGUACCUCACUCAUCCGGAGAUUCUGCUGCAUCACCAGCACCACCAGCGGCAAGAAACACCGCCCGGUUCGCCGAAGAAGAAAAAGAUACUCAGUGGCAACAAACCGAUCGACAAGCUGAUCCACACGAUCCUCGAUUAUGUGGUGCGUGAUUUCAUCGAUUCCUGGUACACGAUAGUGUCGGACAAUCGGGAGUUUUCCGAGUGCAACAUACGGACCAGUAUCGAAUCGCUUAUCCUGCAAAUCUCUCAACGUGUCCGUAACGUCGAUUUGCUGCCUUUGAUGACGACCCGACUGAUUGACGAUCUGGCAAAGCAUACGCGCUUCUAUCGGCUAGCCUCGCAGGAGGUAGUGAACAGUGCCAAUAGCAAGAAAUCUUCCACCACCGAUCCGAAACGCUCCAAGAUCCACGAAAAGUUGUCUCCCCAGCGUCGCAACCUGAAGGUGGAAGGCCAUCGGCGAAACAAAAGCGAAACGGAUCUUACCUGGCAGCUGGGCAAUGCGGCACUGCAGAAAAAUGUGGCCAACUCACGCUUCUACAACGUACCGGCCGAUGAGCAAUCGUUGAUCGAUCCGGAAACAAUGCUGCUGAACUCGUUCUUCGGGUUUUGCGAGGAGUACCGCAGCGAGUGUAUGGACCCGGAAGCACUCAACGAUUACUUCAAGCAAGUGUCCGAAACGGUGCUUUAUUUCGUGCUGCCGGAGGAAGAUUUCAACUGCUUAACGUUGCGCACGUUGCUGUGCAAUCUGCUCGCCAACAGUUUGCUGAAACCGAUGUUUAACACGCUUGCAGAUCCGGACUUUAUCAAUCUGCAGAUAGCGAAACAGUUCACCAAGGAUCCACCGGCGGGCGAGUUUCUGCUGAAGAUGAUCCGCCAGUCGACGGAUCUGUCGGAGUUGCGGGCCUGCCGGCAGCUCAUUACCAAAGAGAUGGACGCAAAGUACAAGGAUAGUAGCUGCAGUGCGGAGCUGGCCAGUUUAAAGUACACCCAGAAGCUGAUCGAUUUGAGAAUUAGCCAUCUGCAGAACAACAAGAAUGACUUUGGCAAAACGGAACGGGAUAAAGCGUCAACGAAUUUACCACAGCUAAGCCUGGACGAUAUACUGCGAAAGGAGCUUGCCGUGUUCUACUAUCUGGACUAUCUAAGUGUUUUAAAUCUGCAAAAGUAUGUGAUAUUUUAUCUCACCGCUCAAGAAUGGAAAAUUAGCACCAGCCAGUGCUACUCCGAGAUGCAGGUAAACAAAUCGAAGUUGAGCCGCGAGGAACUGCUGCGAAGCAUCCGGGAAAAGGCGAGCACUCUGUAUCAAGAGUAUCUGCAACCCUCCUCACCGAACUACCUUAACAUUGAUCCGGGACUAAUCGAGGCACUCAACUUCCGGCUGAGCGAUCCAUCCAUCCAGCCGGAAAACACGUGGUUCGAUUCGAUCUGCAAAUACAUCUACGAGAAGCAGAAAAACGAGGAAGUGUUCCUAAACAACUUCUACCAAAGUGUGGCCUACAAGCAGUUGCUGCGCGAGCUAGACUUUCACAGCGCGCACGAUCAGGACAUGCCGUCGCUCGAUCAUUUGACCGUGUUUGGUGACCGAUUGCUGCAGAGUGACAGUGCAAGCGACACGAACAGUGGUGACAUUCGGUUCGACGAAACGGAUGACGAUGAGGAUGCCACGAACACGAACGCGUCCAACGUUCAGGGCCCACCGAUUACGGUGGACAUCAAGGAAGAGCAUGAUGUGAGGGCAAGUGCCGCUCUUCCGAUCCACAAGAAACCGUCCCCAUCGAGCUUGUUUCCUACGACGGUGAACACGAUCAAGCAUGCCCGAUCGCACAGCGACUGUACCGGGAUGUUUGCGGCCAUUAACGAUCUCAACAUUGAGCAGCUCCGUCAAUCGUCCGACUGUUCUAGUAAUGAUUCGGGCAACGAGGCGUCCACCACCGUCGUGCUGCCAACGAGUCGACGAAUUCCGGCCCCACUGCUGCAUGCGGACGAUGUGAAUCAUCAUCAUCAGGGUCAUCUGGGACAUCACCAUCAUCACCACCAUCACCAGCAUCAGUAUAGACACAAACUGUCCGCCCGGAUCAUUAACACGGCGAUACAUUGCGAGGGCCACUACGCGGUAUACGCCAUCCAGGUGCACGUGAUCGAGGAUAACCAUCACAAGAGCUGGCACAUCUAUCGACGCUAUUCAAAGUUCCUGGAGUUGAAGAAGUUGCUCGUGAAGCGUUUCCCGGCACUCGAGCGGGUUCCGUUUCCAGCGAAAAAAACGUUCCAAAACACGCAACGGGCGGUGCUGGAACAUCGGAUGGAAAUAUUGAACCGCUUUCUGGCGGAGAUUUGUGCGAAAGCGGAACUUUCCGAGGAGAUGAUGGCGAUCAUACGGAACUUUCUCGAGCCGGACACGGACGAUCGGAAGAUGCAUGGUGGACCGGUUGUAAAAACGAUCGAAAGUCUCAAAUCGGGCAUGAGCAAGAUCCGCAACAUGCCGGACACACUGGUCGGUGGCAUUUCGCGAAUGUUUGUAAGCAAAAGUUCCCUCAAAGAGCGCAGCUUCUACGACAUUCAGGACAUUCCGACGCUCGAGCUGAAACAGUCCGAGUAUCCGGCACUCGCCUCAGCACUAAACCUUCUCGACGAGGUGUUUGAUCUGCAGAACAAAUCACAAUGGUUACGCCGAGGGCUAAUAAAUCGUUUGCUCGGUGCGCCCUGGGUUAGCCAUGCGACCAACAAGCGGAUUAUCCAGACAGCUAGCAGUCUACUUGCACCGGACAAGCUUGAGGCGAUUCUUUCAUCAAUAUUGAAUAAUGUCUGGCCGGAAGGGGAUCGCUUCAAUCCAACCACACCGCUACGCGAGGACAGUACUCGGCUGCGGACAAAACUGGCGGCCAAAAUUUCCCUUUUCGCCCUACUUUCCGACGAUCUGAAGCAUGUGGUCGGAUCGGUAACGUGCAACAGUGGACUGUUGAAUUUCUUCCAGAUGCUACAGAACAGGAAGCUAAACACUCGGCUACUGCUGAUCCUGUUUAACCGCUUGCUAGUGGUGAUCUUACAGACAGAAAACAUAACCAAACACGCCGUACUGUCUGGCCCCGGUGCGAGUGGAGCUACUGCAAAUGGUGGCGCUGUGAACGGAACGGACGAUACGACGACAACGAUACGCAUCGGAACACCGGGCCCGGUUGUGUCCGGAUCGCGAAAAACUUCCAGAUAUUCGUAA